AUGUCCACCACGCCCCCCCAGUCACACAGCCGCCCCCCCACCCGCACCAUAUCCCUCGGCGCCACAACACAGCAGUACAAGACCCGCGCCGCAUCACAGCCCGCCGGCGAGCGUCUUCCCGUCCCCCACGCCCACCCCAACGCUGCCCCAGCCGUCAAUGGGAAUGGCAACUUUGGUGUGAUUGGCGGUACCCGCUCAACAGGUCGCUUUGGAAACGCACUCGCAGGUAUGGGGCCCGUCACCCGCGCCAGCAGCUUUUCCGCCGGCGAGAGGAUGCCCCAGAAAAGAAAUCUGUCUCUGGCCAGGACGCUCUCCUCGCAUACCGAAGAGUUUGUCCCGUCCCGUUCCCAGUCCACUUCCCCAUUCCCUACUUUUUCCCCAACCUCGACGCCGUCCACCUCCCCCGCGGCGAUCCGCCAGCAGCCUCUGCCGCACUCGCCUCCAAAAGCAGCGCAGAAUGUCUCGAGAUCCCGCUCCCAGUCCUUGGCUGCUGGUGUCCGCCCGUCCUUCAUCGACCGAGGGUACUUUACCCCCAUGAGCAGCCUGGACAGCAGUCCCUUUGUCAAGCUCGACACUUGGGGUCCGUCCGACGCCUCCAACAUGUCGCCCUUCACCCGCGGCCUGACAAACCUGGUCAAUACCCAAGAGUUGCCGCGCUCCAGGCUGCAGCAAGAUACGACUUAUACCUCUGCCCGCGCGGCGUGGGCAGACUCGAAUACUCAAUCGGCUCUGACGUCUUCUGUCGCGAAAGCGCUGGGUGGGUACCAGCCGACGCAUACAGGCAGUGCAGCGACUUUUGCCGAGACGACGGGCUCGGAGGGCCGUUCCGGCGCUUCCAGUAGGCGCCAUUCAGUCUCUGUUGUCGGCGGCCCUGGUGGUAGGCGAGAAUGGGUCAACGAAGGCGGUAUGGGUAUCACCCCAUACUCUCCCAGUCGGGGAUUGUAUGGCUUGGAGAAUGACCUGGGUAAUGCGCUGAAUUUGGAUAUCGAGAGGGAGAAUGCGCAGGGCUUAUACGGGAACGAAUUCGAUGGGCCAUUCGGAGGAUUAGGAAGAGGCAGGGGCCCUUCUCCCCAAGUGCCCCAGGUAGAGAGAACUCCCGAGCCUCGCCGUCCAUCCCAGUACGCCCCCGAGCCGCCCAACUUUGGACGCCCGCGUACUCAGAAUGCGCCCCCACUCGGCUCAUCUCUCGGCGUGAGUUUGCCCCGCAACAUCUCCCAGCCGUCUCAGCAAGGUCCAGGACCCAUCGGUUCUCCACCUGCAAACUCGCUCAUGCAGCAACCGACCUUUAUGCCGUUCCCUCCUGGCUCGGCGCGACCGCCAUACCAGGCGCCUGCACCGCCCAACCAAGGGUUCAGGCCUCCGGCUGGUGCUGUGGGCAGCGGCUAUGGAUUUUACCAGCCCGGUCAGCCACCUGUCCCCCCUACGCCAUCCCAGCAGUUUGUCCCUCCCAACAGCAACUUUCGCACCGAGUACAGUCCACCCAACAUGCCCGCCUCCACCCCUGCUCCCCAGGCAUCCCAGCCCCAAGCUCCCACUUCCCCCUCAUUCUCCUCUCUCUCCCUCUCCGACCUCGGUAAAGGCCUUCCCCUCUCCUCCCUCCCGGCAUCCACCCCUCUGUACAUCGUCACAUUCAAAGCCGGCCGCCGCGAUGUCUACUACUGCCCCGACCCGACUUUGCUCAUCAGCAACGGUGACCGUGUAAUCGUCGAGGCGGAUCGCGGGAGCGAUUUGGGAGUUGUCGUAGCGGACCAGGUGACCCCUGUUGACGUGCGCGAGUGGCAAGAGAGGAUGGCUACCAAGGCUUUGCUCAGCGGGGCGAGGGAGCACCAGCCGCCUGGGAUGGGUAUGGACGGUGCCCCGCCCCAGGGUCCCGGCGGGCAUCAACGUAUGCCGUCCCUCUCUCAAGGACGGAACCAGCCUGGGCUGCUGUUGCAUGGGAUGGAGCUGGCGAGUCUGUCCCUGGAUGACUUGUUCUCCGGUGUGGGGCCGGGAGGGCAGAUGGAAGUUGCCGGUGGGGCUACGGCUGUGAGGGGACCUUUGGCCAAGGAGAUUGCGCCCAAGAGGAUCUUUGCAAAGAGCAGUCAGGGGGUGGAGGAGCAGCAGAGGAUGCGCGAAAAGGCACAGGACGAAUACGAUGCCAUGAUGAUUGGUCGCGAAAAGGUCCUCCAGCGAGGUCUGCCCAUGCAGAUUGUCGAUGCAGAGUAUCAAUGGGACCGCCGAAAGCUCACCUUCUACUUUAAAGCCGACAAGAGGGUCGACUUCAGGGACCUUACGAAGGAGUGUUUCAGGAUCUUCAAGUCGAGGAUCUGGAUGUCGAUGGUUUCAAAGGAUGAUCCAAGAGCAUAA